GUAAAUUCUUCUAUCCCUCCAGCCUUCAAUAUAAGGCCCUUGUGAUGCCCAUGGAUUUGGGAAGGAAGGACCACAUCAAGGACCAUGAGACUAAUAAGCUGUCCCUACAGAGCAACUAAUUGCAACCAGAGAAAAAACAGACUUGCUGGGUUCUCAGGAUUUGGGCUCUGGUCUUACAGUAUGGUAAAAAAAUAAACGUCUUGUAUAUAACUAGACUCAAGUCAAUGGAAAGAGUCAACCAAACCAGCAGUGUUUCUGAGUUCAUCCUCCUGGGGCUCUCCUCCCAGCCUGAAGACCAGAAGCCACUCUUUAUCCUUUUCCUCACCAUGUACCUGGUCACCAUAACAGGGAACCUGCUCAUCAUCCUUGCCAUCCACUCUGACCCCCAGCUCCAGACCCCCAUGUAUUUCUUCCUGAGUUUCCUGUCCUUCACUGACAUUUGCUUUACAACAACCAUUGUCCCCAGGAUGCUACUGAGCUUUCUGUCAGAGAAGACCAUCUCCUAUGCUGGGUGUCUGACACAGAUGUAUUUUAUUUAUGCUCUGGGCAACACUGACAGCUGCCUCCUGGCGGUCAUGGCCCUUGACCGCUAUGUGGCCAUCUGUGACCCCUUCCACUAUGUCACCACCAUGAACCACCACCGCUGUGUCCUGCUGGUGGCCUUUUCCUGCUCACUUCCUCACCUCCACUCACUCCUACACACACUGCUACUGAAUCGUCUCACCUUCUGUGACAACAAUGUUAUCCAUCACUUCCUCUGUGACCUCAGUCCCCUGAUGAAAUUGUCCUGCUCCUCCACAUUUCUCAAUGAAAUUGUGAUAAUGUCAGAAGGCUCUGUUGUUUUGGUGACCCCCUUUCUGUGCAUCACUUUCUCUUACAUACGAAUCCUCAUCACAGUUCUCAAGAUCCCCUCAGCUGCUGGGAAACGCAAAGCCUUCUCCACCUGUGGCUCUCACCUCACUGUGGUAACCCUCUUUUAUGGAAGCAUCUUCUACGUCUAUUUACAGCCCCUGUCCACCUACACUGCCAGGGACCACAUAGCAACACUUGUCUACACAGUUCUUACCUCCAUGCUGAACCCUUUUAUCUAUAGCCUGAGAAACAAAGACCUGAAACAGGGCCUGAGGAAGCUGAUGGGCAGGAGGAAAUCCCAGGCAGCACCCUCUUGACAAACACGCAAGUGGAAUCUGCUUCACUUGAAUCUAAUAUCUACUAGAUCUUGGUGAACCACUGAACUGCUAGAGGUUAGUUUUUUUU